UCGAGGGAGGAUCGAGGAUCGAGGAUCAUGACUCGAGGGGGUCUGGGCUCUCAGCGCCCCCCAAUGGCCGGCGCCGUGAAGCUGCGGCGCCUAGCCUGCGCGCUCCUGGCCACUCCUCCCGCCUGGGGCCUGCUCCUCGGCGGCCUCGGCCACGACGCGGCCUCCGCGGCUGGCGCGGCGGAGUCCGGCCUGGACCUGGACGACCUGCUGCAGAUCGCCCCCCCGUCGCUCUGGGACCGGCCCGUGCUCGUGCCCCCUGCAGACCAGCGGAGCGGCUCCCGCCGUGGGCGCGCGCCCCGCCCCGCCGCCAGCAGUCUCCUCGAGAGCAGCACCGCCCUCGAGCGGGGGGCGGGCGCCGGCGCCGGCGUCGGCGCCGGCGGGGCGUCGCAGGGCCUGGGGCCGCAGUACCAGCCCGCGGAGGCCUUCCAGCCCGCCGCGGGCUUCCAGGCCAUGGCGGCGGCCGCGGUGGAGACGAGCCACGAACUCCCCUGGGGCGUCGGCUCACCCAGGACCGGCGACAACGUGGCGGUGAACGAGUACUCGGCGAUGCCCUCGGUGGACGUGCCCAAGUGGGUAGAGUACAGCCUGGAGCAGGGCGACACGCUCACGUCCUUCAGCAGCGCCAAGCAGGACGUGAAGCUCCUCACCCAGGUGCUGAUGAACGUCACGAACGGCUUCUACCUGGACACCAACGCCAUGGACGGUGAGACAAGCAGCAACACGCUCCUUCUCGAGCUGCUCGGCUGGCGUGGGCUGUGUGUCGAACCGCGCACGUACUGGUACAUGGAACUGUGGUCCAAGUUUCGGAAGGCAUGGCUGUUCCUCGGCGCCCUCUCCCCUCACGAGAACGCGACGAAGCUUGGUUUCAACUAUGACGGCGAGGUCGACGAGCUGAGCGGUCACCAGGUCCACGCGUAUCCCCUGAAGACCUUCUUGCAAGAGAUGGGGGGGCGCAAGACGAUCGACUUCUGGAACCUGCGCAGCGGGGGAUACGAGGCCGAGAUCCUGAACGAGACGCUGUUCCACUCGGGGAGCUUCAUCGAGUUUGGCGUGAUCCUCGUGACCUUCGAUGGCCGCCGCUCUGCGCGAGGCUCCCAGGACUAUGUGCAGGCACGCUCCAGGGACGAGGCCGAGGGGCUAAUAUUCGACCUACUCCACAAUGCCAGCUUCAAGUACAUCGGCGGUCUUGACCCCUACUGGAUCAAUACCGUCGAGCCGCGUUACGGCUUCAAGGACGCCGUCUUCGUCAACCCCACGUAUUUCGUGGCACGCAACAUUGCACUGCCUACUUCGGUCAAGGGCCCACCCCCUCCGACACUCCCCGGAUUCAGUCCCAGCCAUCCGUGGGCCGGCUUCAGCUCGUGGGAGGAAGGCUUCACCCACAGCGAGGAGGUCAGUCUCAUUGGCAAGUACAUCAAGGCGAGCAAGCAGGACGCCUCUCUGAUAGAGCCUGUGCCGAAAGCGAAUCGCGUCUCGAGCACCCUUACGAUCAGCUAGAUCUGAGCGGGUGCGUUGCUGUAUGUGGGGGCCGCCGCGAUUCGGAGCCACGAUUUAAUGCUGGGAUCGAGCCUCGGUUCUCCUACUAUAUUUUGAACAAUACAAGAUCCACUGAUUGGGGUUUUCUCUGGUGUUUUUCGAUCUGUGGUGGGCUGCCUAGCCGCAGUGCGUUUGCAGCCGCUGAUUGGUUUGCUUUACCACCUGUGCAAUCAUCGCUAGGCUGUGGCUUUGUUAUUUUCAAGUUGUCUGGUGAGGGCGUGAGCAGUUGUUUGGACGGCUUAGCCUUUCUCGGGCGGAUCAUAUUUUGAAUUGUCCACUCUGACGCGCAAGCCCAUCCGCUCCUCCCGCUCUAGUUUUCGCUGCUGCUGUUCGUCCUCGUCCUCCCCCUCCUUGUUCCUCCUGUUUCCUCCUCCUUCCCCGUCCUCCUCC